AUGAUUGUUAUGGGCCUAGCAGAAGCUAAGCAGUCUUUUAGUGUCAGAGUCUCCUCCUCAGAGCAGACUGGCCGACUGCAGAAUCAGAAUAGAAUCGCUCGAAAGGCGGCCGUGCCUCAGUACAGGACAAGACGGGACCGACGGGACUCAGCAGGAACAACAAGUGGUGAAGCGGUUGCACUCACCCUGUGCGACUUGAGUAAAGCAUUUGACUGUGUUUCUCACAAAAUCCUGCUAGAUAAACUCCAUCAUUAUGGCAUAAGAGGCACAGUCUUUGCUACACUCAGGUCUUACCUUGAGAACAGGCAACAAUUUGUCACAGUGAAGGGACGUAACAAACUAAGUCUAAACAAAGACAAGACUCAACAGCUCAUCUGCUCCCUCGCGGGAGUUGAAGUAGAAAAUCAGCCAGUGAAAUUGCUUGGAUUCUAUCUAGACAGCAAGCUCUCUUGGAAUGAUCAUGUCAGCGUUGUGUGCAAGAAACUGUCAAGAGUAAUCUCCCUGAUCAGAAAACUGAAAAAUUUGGUAACUUUGCAGUAUCUUGUCGUCAUCUAUCACUCCCUGUUCCAUACACACAUCUCCUAUGGACUGCUGUUGUGGGGGCACUCUGCAGCAUGUGAGAGAGUACUUCUGUACCAGAAGAUGGUUUUGAGGAUUAUGACAGGAGCUGAGUAUAGGCAACACUGCAAACCUUUAUUUCAAGAGCUUGGCAUCCUGACAGUCUAUGGGAACUACGUGUUGAGCUCCCUUCUCUACGUAAAAGAAAAUUUAGCUGAUUUUCAAAUGAGAGGGCAGCUUCACGGUCACAAUCUGAGAAACAACGACCUGAUCUCUAUUCCCAGAUGCCGCACUUCUAAAGUGAAGGACAGUUUCCCACUACUGGCUUGUAAGAUGUUUAAUAGACUGCCUGAGAACAUUAAGAACCUGGAGCCGAAACUGUUCAAAAAGAAGUUAAAGUCGUGGUGUUGCCAACAGAGUUUUUAUUCCUUGGAGGAUUACUUCAAAGCCCAGUUAGUUUUUUAA